AUGAUGCCGACUACGAUGCCGUCGAAACGUCAAAGAAUGUACCACGUCCAUGGUCCGACUCUGGAAAUGAUCAUGCAUACAUUUGAUUCCGGACUAGGAAAAAACUGGCCUGAUUCUAUUGUGAUUUUGACUGUUGACGGGGCUUUGGCGAGCAUUAAAGGGGAAAUUCUCCUAGAAAUCAAGGUGCAGGUGAUGCAACAGACAGAAAAGGAGAUGGGCUCCACCUAUUUGGCUAAAUUUUAUCAGUUAACAUCAGGUUGGAUUGGCUUCAGUCUCCUACUCAGUGAUUGGCCGGCCGGGGCUUGUCAUGGCCAAGCAGCAACCUACCGGUCGAAUAAGAGGGUUUGGGUUAGACACCAUUGCAGGGGUCGUGAAGUUUUUGGAGUAAACAGAUUCGGUGCAACGUCACUGCCACAUAAGGAGACGUUGGAAGCAGAUUCACAGGUAUCAGGUCCAUUCGGUCAAUCCCCUAUAGGAGAGGCAGUCGCAGAACAAGUCCGGCCUACUGAACGAAACCAUAUAAAGACUGUAAUGAUCGUCACUACCGAGGACUCCAGCUGUGGUCUCUCAGUCAAUGCUGCUUAA